UACACCAGAACACAAUCGUCCAGCACUGACAUGAAAACAAGUUACUGUUUUUAUCGUUAUUUAUCAAUAAUGUGAGAUCCCAUUGUUACCCCAGUGUUAUCGAUAAAAUAGUGUAGCUGAUAAGUGAGUAUUGAAUACAGAUCCUCAAGAUUUUCAUACAAAAGUCGAUUGGAAUUUUUCAUUCAUCAAUUUUUGCCCCAUUGUGACCUGUGCACCAAUACAGUUGCAUUGAUUCAUGGAUUUAAGGACCUGACUGCCAGGUUAUGUCAAAUAAAAAUUGAUAUUUACAUUUCGGAGGAUUCUCGAGGCUUUCAGGGGGCCAUGGGGCAGGGUACAGAGUGUCCGGAUAGACCCACUGAGGUCAGUGUCAUCAGAUUUGUCUCCAGGAAUCGGACGAUCGAGGAAAUUGCUCCGAAAAAGGAAAUUUUUACGUGUAAACAACAGGGAUGCGGAAAAAUCUUCACUAAUCAGGAUGAGUUCAAGACGCAUGAGGCCCUGGAGGAAUUGAAAAUCCGAUUUAUAUGCCGCGAGCCAGGCUGCGGUAAGGAGUUAUCAGACCCAGGAACGAUGUGGCGUCAUUACCAGGAGUUCCACAGUAACGAGACGAGCGUAUUCGUCUGUCCCUACACAAGCUGUGGCUCCUUGCACAGUACAAGUGAGAACCUAGAAGAGCACAUAGAGAACAGUCACAGACAGCCCCCAACCCUGCCAACGGAGCCUGAGAUAAUUUGCUUCGAGGGUCCAGUGAAUAAUCAAGUGAACGGCGAGGACGAACCCACAAAAACCACUGCCGACGACGAAGAAGAGGAACUAGAGGAGGAGGACACGCCUCAGAACGAGGACGACGAUUUCUUCGACCGCGAUAAGAAAAACGCUAGAUUGAUAAAGACCACUGCCACUCAUAAAUCAAAUAACUAUAUAAUCGCACCAAAAGGUGCUCAAAAUAACGAAAGAUACUCGAGUAAGGAUGAAAGACUGACUCGAAACGAUACUGAUGGCAAAAUCACUGUCGACACUAGUGAGAUUGACGAAUAUAGUAACGAUUACCAAAAUAAUUCACGAAUAACUGAAGCCUCUGAAGAGGAGUAUUUCAUAAAUAUUUAUGAAGACACACCGAAGGUUGACGCCGAGGAAAUUGUCUUCGAGGCCACUGAGGAGAAGAUUCAGGAUCACAGGAUUGACCUGGGCAAUCUAGAGAGUGUCUUCAGGAGUGGAUUCGAGGGGGAAACGAAGAAAAUUGACUCUAGUAAUGCUGAGGGCAAUGGCAACUGCAGCGAGGACGAGGAGUACACACCAAAGAAACAGAGAAUGUCUAGGUACAAGCAGGAGCAACCGUACAAAUGUGAAAUCAAUGGGUGUGGAAAAACGUACAAGUACAUAUCUCAUUAUAGACAUCAUCAGGAUAGUCACAAGGUGCAGGAGAAUAACUCAGUUAAUAAAUUGAGUAAGCCCACGAGUAGGCAGAGUAAGGGGAAAGCUACUACUGUUAGUUUUUUCCUAUGCAAAAUUCCAGGAUGUGGAGCGCAGGCCAGCAACGUAACAACCCUGUGGAAGCACUAUCAGGAUAAUCACGCAAAUUCAAAGGCAAAUGUCUCUCAAUCCACGAAAAACAAUCAAUCAUUUCGAUGUAAAAUAACCAACUGCGAAAUGGAAUUUCGCUCUAGUGCAAUGCUGUACAAGCACUUCAAUCAGAUCCAUACAAACGUGACACAAAUUGGUGGUAGCACAAAUGGAAAGACUGGCAAUGGGAAUAUUCGUUUUAGGAACGAUGGAGUUGCCCAGGUAAAUUUUAAGACUGAAUUCAAAGCCAAGUAUGUUAACACGACUGAUGAUUACGAUGAUGAUGAGCGAGAUAUGUCGAAUGGACUAAGAAUUAAGGAGGAGUCACGCGAUUGAUUUAUCACAGUUUUAAGAGAAUAAUUUAUUGAGUGGAUUUUCUGGAUUUAGUGGGGAUUAUAAUCUCCCGCAGAUGACUGGAAAAAAUAAUAAAUGAAUGAGAAAAAAGACCGCAAAAUUGGAGCAAACUUUAAAAAUAAUGGAGGAAUGAUUUUAAAUUAAAGUGUUCACUUUUACUGUUAACAAUUAGGAGUAUUACGUAGGCGUUAUAUACUGAAUUGACUGCCACUUGUGAUUAUAUACAAGUAAUAGUAAUUUUUUUUAAUCGUUCCUAGAGAGCUUAAUGCUCGAAAUAAAUUUCACGAUCUUCUGAGAUUAGACAAACGAAAGAGAAAUUUUAAAAAGCUAAAGGAUAAAAUUGUACUUCCGUCUCGUGUGUUCCUCCUCAGGUUCACACUAAUAUAAUUCACUUCUAUUUGACGUCACAAUGAUGAUGUCAAUGCAGAUAGUUUGAUAAUAUGGAAUUAAUUUAUUUAUCAUUAAAUUGUGAUUCAAGCCUGAAAUCUCUAAGUCUAAUCGUCACAAUGAAAUCCACUACUUGAAGAUUAUUGAUAUUCCGAAUCAAAUCAGUCCGAACGCGUCACUCAACUUUGCUACAUUAAUAUAAUUGAUAAAACGGUAAAUAGGUUGUAUUUAAAAUUGCUUGAACAAAAAGACUAUGCACGAUAGUCGUAUUGCUAACGUGUGAAUAUCUUAGGAUUAAUAAGAAAAAUUAUUCAAAGGUCAUUGAAGUUAUUAGGAUAAUUAAUGAUUAGGCUUUGGUGUCUCAUUGAGCUCGACUCAUAAAUUCAAUGAAUUUUUCCAGAUUUAUUACUUUGUAAUUUAUAUUUAAUUAUAGAUUGGCACAAAAGACUCCUGAAUUAUUCAAUUCAGUCGUACUGAUUUCUACUGUUUUAUAUAUUAAUUAAUUAUUUAUAUCGUUUUUUAAUGGUGAAAUUAUUGAUGUCGAUUUCGAAGGGGGAUGAGUGUUUUAAUGGACUUUGUUUGUGAAAAAAAACUCGACUGUACACAAUUAUUGUUCUUUCCUUAGUCCUUGAGAAAAAUAAUAAAAAAAAACAUCUGUGCAAUAA